AUGUCAAAAAAAGGUGAAAACUUUAAAAUUAUUUGCGAUAUUUAUAGAGAUAAAUUAAGAAAUAAAUUAUAUUCAAUAUCUUACCAACAAGGAAAUAAAGAUUUGAAUUUUUAUUACAGAAUUAGUAUUAAAACAAUUACAGGAGAUAUUCCUGCAUUAAGAAAAAUAAAUAAUUUAACAGGUUGCAACGGUAGUUAUGGUUGUACAUAUUGUUUUCACAAAGGUGGGUACAUUAAAACUGGAGAAGGUGCUGGACAAGGUAAAAUGGUAUUUAAUAAUGGAACUAAAAUGGAAUUAAAAACAAUGAUUGAGUAUGAAAGGUAUGCUACGUUACUUGAAAACAUUCCAAGAGAAAUAAUGUUUGGGAUGCUUGGAAAAUCACAUAUAGAUGGAAUUAUUCAAAUACCAAUAGAUAUAGCAAUAGAUUAUAUGCAUACGGUACUGUUGGAACCAAUUAAAGAAGAUAUGACUUCAAUUAGAGAUGGUGAUAAAAAAAUGUAUUCAAACGGUUUUAAAUUACCAAAAAUGACUGAAAAUAUGAUUGAUUUUUUUGAUCAUUCAUUAAAAUUAUUUAUUUUACCAAGAGAAUACAAAAAGAAUAUGAAGUCAUUGAAAGAAUUUGGUAAUUUUAAAGCAAUUGAAUGGAAAUUUUUUAUGCUUUAUGGUUUUCCAACAAUAUUUCUUGAAAGUAUGAAAAAUAGAAUAAAUGAAUUUGUAGUUUUACAACUAUCAAUAAUUAGUGGAAUUGGAUUACUAAUGAUGGAUGAUAUUAAUGAAAAUGAAUUAAAAAUGUCUGAAAAUUUGCUUUCUUUGUGGUUUGAUGAAAAAGUAAGAAUAAUUGGAGUCAAUGGAAUGAAAUUAAAAAGCCAUUUGAUUACUCAUUUACAUGCUAUUGUAAAAAAAUUUGGAAAUCUAACAAAAUAUUCUUGCUUUGCAGGUGAAGGACUCAUUCAAAUGUUAGGAAGAAUGAUUUCACAGAAAACAGAAACGAAUAGUCUCAAUCAAAUAAAGAAAAAAUUUCAAGAUUUUCAUAUGGCAUCUUUUAUUAUUGAAAAAGAAGAAAAAUUUCUAAAAAAUAAGUUUAUUCAAAUACCAAUUUUUUUUUACAAUAUUUUUAAAAAUUUAUUUCCUGAAAUAGGUCAAUACAGAUUUACAGAUAAAUUGUAUUUCAAGGGAUUCACUAUUCGUGCUUCAAUUGAUGGUAUGAUUGAUAGAGAUAAUUUUUUGAUUGUAAAAAUUGAAGAAAACAAUGAAAUAAUAUACAAACCAAUACUUUUACUUGCUGUUUUUAUUAAUAAGGAAAAAGAAGUUAUUUGUUUUGGCAAAGAAUUAGUUAUUGUUGAAAGAUUAUUAUUUAAGAAUAUGUUUUCAAGUUCAAAUUUAAAUACUCAUGCAUUAAAUUUAUUAAAUGUAGUUGAUGAUUCAACUUUUUUUCAAAAAUACUUUAUUAUUAACAAUUGUUAUGAAGAUUUAAACUGGGUUAAAAAUUCUAAUAACAUAAUAGUUUUUAAAAAAAAUUCUAUUUAUUCAAAAGGGUUAAUUAUUAAAUCAAAAUCUCGAAAAAAUUAUGUUUGUCCUAUGCUUCAUUCAUUUGAGCAUAAUUAA